GAUGAUGGCGUUCGCUGAUUCUGGGAUUCGUAAGCAGUCAGAGCGAAUCACCAUAGGAUUGUGGAAUCACUGUGUGUGGGAUCUGCCCUUUAAAACUAAUCAAGAACGAAAAUUGAUAGAUCCCAAAAUGAAUUUUCAGAGUGUUUGCAUCAUUUUGCUUCUGUUGGUCGCUGGGUCCUGGGCCUACAAUCCAUAUUUUUGCGACGAUGAGCCCGCUCAAAAGGGACCGUGCAAGGCACUGCUUUUUAUGUGGCGUUUCAACAAGCAGCAACAAAGGUGCGAGCCUUUUGACUUCGGAGGAUGUACUAAAUCAAAAAAUUUAUUCGGUAAUGAGUCGGACUGCAAAAGGGAGUGUCUGCCUGAAUCGAGUAAAUAGAGUAAAUAGAAACAUUUAAUGCCCUCUGAGGGCGACCGUCAAAAUAAAAGUUUCCAGCUGCCGUAAA